AUGAACGUGGUGGUUACAGGCGCUGCCGGCUUCAUCGGCUCUCGAGUCGCUGAUUUCUUAUUAAAAGACGAUUCACCAAUAAAAGUAUCAAAAUUAGUUCUAGUAGAUAGUAUAAAACCACCAGAGAGAAAUGAUAAACGAGUGACCUGCCUUGCACUUGAUCUUACUGAACCAAGCGCUAUUGAUAAAGUGAUAACUGCUGACACAAAUAUAGUGUUCCAUUUAGCCGCUGUUGUAAGUGGACACGCUGAAGCAGAUUUCGACUAUGGAUUCAAGGUUAAUUUCGAUGCUACUCGGGCUCUAGUGGAAAGAGCACGUCAAGUAUCAUCAUCUAUACGUUUUGUGUUCUCAAGCACUUGUGGAGCGUUUAGCGGGUACCUUCCUCCUAUUGUCACUGAUGGAACGGCCACUACUCCGCAAUCGUCAUAUGGGAUAGCUAAAGCUAUGUGUGAAUUGCUACUCAAUGAUUAUGGUCGUAAAGGAUUCGUUGAUACCCGCGUUGUGAGAUUGCCUACAGUCAGUGUACGAGCUGGUACAGCUAAUAGAGCCGUAACGAGCUUUGCAAGUGGCAUCAUUCGGGAGCCUAUAAAUGGUGAAGAAGCGAUAUGCCCUGUGGACGAAGAUCUAAAACUCUGGCUGUCUAGUCCGUACACAGUUGUCUGGAAUAUUGUACAUGCAGCGACGAUAUCUCAAGAUGUUUUAGGGCCAUGGAGGGUGAUUAAUUUGCCGGGAAUCUGUGUUUCUGUACGUGAAAUGAUAACAGCGUUGCGUGAGGUCGCCGGUUACGAGACAGCUCAGUUGGUGCGUUUCGAACGUGACGAACUAAUUUCGCGUCUUGUUAGCAGUUUUCCGAGUUUGUUUGAUAAUACUCGGGGAUUGAAUUUGGGUUUCACUGUGGAUAAGAAUUUUGCAGACAUCAUACGCUUGUACAUUCGUCAAGAUUUAAAACUAAAAUAAUCUAUGUAAAUGUCUCAGUUGUUACGUUUGGAAAUUGUAUGGAGCAACGUUUGUUAAAGUUUAAAUUGUGUGAGAUUGUAAAUGAUUAAAAGGUUCCAUUUUGUUUAUUGUAUCCCGGCUAAAUCAUGCUGAAGUUACAUUUGUAGUGAAGUUUCAAGUUGAAUAAAUCAUUACGAAGAAUGACUUUAUAUAUUAUACGCAGAUUUUACUAUUUACUUUGUACACAGUACAAUAUUAGAUUGGUACACUGCCAGACACUUAAUAUAUUGAUAAUUUCAAAAUCGUAUUUUAUAAAAUAAAUAAAAAGUACAUUUUGUGUACUCAUUUUUAAUAAGCUUUGUUGUGGAUAUGCUGUGCAAGAGUAAUAAAAUAUAUUUUGCUGUAUUUCAUUUCUUUAUAUGAAUAAAGUUUUUAAGUAAA